UGGUCCUCCCCUAGCAACCGGAGGGGAUGUCUUGGUACAGGCAGCUAGGGGCAGAGAGAAGGCUCGGCAAAGCUGAGGCCAGAGGGGUAUUGGCUGGGCUGGGGUAUUUGUGUUAGGUAGAUGUAAGGCUCAGCUGACUGAACUCUCUAGCCUGAGCUGUGACAGCUGCCUUCUCCUAGCACCCAGCCAUUAACUCAGCAGUCUGCAGCUCACUUUGCAUUUCCUGCACGAUCAAAAAGGCAUCCUGCAAAAAUGAGUCACCCUCACCCUGGGUCACUUGCAACCUACAACAGCCUUACAGACAGACACUUGGCUGGAUACUUCAGCAAUACAAGGAUAAGACGGCAUCUUCAGCGAUCAGGGCUGAUCUCAAGAAGUGGAAGAAUAAUAUCUGAGAAGGAGUAUCGGCUAAAUGCUAUGAGGAGGGAUCACCAAAGAUACGUACGGGAAUGCCUAGCUCAGGCCAUAUUUCACAAGGUCCUUGACAUGGAGCGUCAUCAUCAGCUAGAAAUAAAAAGAAAACUGGAAAAUGUUGUGAGGAAGGAGCGGGUUCAGAGAAUCAAGGUGGGACGAUCAAGAAGAUCAGUGGAAGAUAUUAAUCCUCUGCUCUCUCCACAUCCACCUGCUGGUGCAAGAAAUCUCUAUGGGCGCCAUGCUUUAGUUGAUGGAGAGCAAUCUGGACCCUCACUAUCAUCUUCCUCUCCUCGGCCAAACACAGCACCAGGAAAUAUGCAACGCCCAGUCCGACUACAGCCACUUCCUGGAUAUCCUACAGCAGGAUCCACGCUCAAGACUUCUUCGAGAUCCAAACAAAAGCUCUUGGAACUUGAACAUGAUCAUCAGUUUCCCAAUGGGGGAGAGAAAAGCAUGAUGAGGCUUAUGAACUCAGUGGAUUAUUCAGCUGGAUUAUCCCCAUAUCAACUUCCCAUCAUUAACAAUUACGUGAUACCGGUGCCACCUCCACCCCAAAAAGGAGAUAAGAACAUAAAGGGAGUUAGGCAUGGGACUUCCAGGGGCAGGCGCUUUCGCCCGACCACUGCGCCAAAUGGUUUCGAGCAGCUGUUAACAAAGGACUCGGGAAAAUUCCAUAAGCCCUCAUUACACAGCAAUGCAUCUGUUACAAUGGUCUACUUAGGAAAAAGUGUGCACUUGUCUCAUGAUGACACUGAUUACAGAGAUGAAAUCAAAGUCUAUCAGCAACAUUGUGGAGGAGAAAACCUUUGUGUCUACAAAGGCAAGCUACUGGAAGGAGAGACCUUUCACUUUACCUCAAAGCGGCACCAUGGUUUCCCCUUCAGUCUCACCUUUUUCCUCAAUGGGAUACAGAUGGACAGGCUGAGCUCCUGCUGCGAAUACAAGCAUCGGAAGGGUGUGAGAUUGGGAGGCAAGCAUGGAUACUUUGGCUUUGUGAAUGUGGAUAGAGCGUCUCCUUGCUAUAGGUGUAUUAUUGCAAUGGGUCUGGACAAAAAACCCUCUCCUCCAAAGAAAAAGAUGAAGGAAGACUACGGAGAAAAGCAAGAAGAUUCCAUGAAGGAUGAAGAGAACAGUGAGCCAAGUGAGGGCGGCAUUGAGCAAGAGGUGACCAAACACUCGACAGUUGAAAUUUCAUCAGCUCACGGAGAGGGUCAGGAGCCUACAGAGGACAGCGUGGAAAUUGGAGAGGAGGAAGGAGAAGAAGAAACACAAGAAGGACCUUUGGAUGAGUCUGAAGAUGACCAGGAAAAUGCUAGUAAAGAUGAGUAUGAUGAAGAUUUUGAAGGAGAUGAAGAGAAAUCAGAUGAGAAAGUUAAUGAAGAAGGACAGGCCGAUGAUCAAAUGAAUGGAAUGUCAAAGUCACCCUCAGAUGAUGAAAAAGAUAAUUUGGACCAUGAAAAGGAGAGUAAAAGCUCAUCACAGAAGGCACUGCAGGCCUCUGACAGCGAGAAAGAUGAAAGUGAUGGAUACUCAAACAGUGACUCAGAGGAAGAUAAACAAGGCAAAGAUAAAGCAGCUCUUGGGGAAAAAAUUGCAGCUUUCUAUAGAAAGACUAAAAAUCUUCAGACACUCAAACCAGAUAGGAAGUCUGCAUCCUCUCUCUCAUCCAGCAGUACUCUGUAUAGCAGUGAAGACGACUCUGAAGCUGAAAAGAUGAAAGACCACAUUAAGGGCAAUGAAAAGGAAGACAUUGACGGGACAGCGACACGUGAGAAGUAUGGAAAUGAGACUUGGGAAAGCAAAGCUGAGGAAAAUCAGGAAAUGGAUGCAGUGGAGGAGGAGGAAAUGGAUGAAGCAGAAGAGACAAAAGCAGAGGCUGUGAUGAGGGAAGAAGUUGAGGUUCUUCAUGGACAUAUGGAAAUACAACAUCAAGGCACAGAUGAACUCAGUGGGGAACUCAGACAUGUAGGGUCAAUAGAAAAUAAUGCAAGGGAAGAGGGGGAGAAGGAUGGAAGCAACACGAGGGAAGAUGGGGAGGAGGUUGUUCUAGUGCAUUUGGAAGGCAGUACUGUGGAAGCAGAGGUUACAAACAAGGAUCCUCCUGACGUUGAUGAAGGAGGUGAUUGCAAAUCAGUCCAAGAGAAAAUAGCAGAGGCAAUUGAAAAUGGUCAUCGUUUGAGUUCUGAACCUGAGCCCAGUGGUUCCAGUACAGAUGAAGAAGAGGAGAACUUAACAAGUACAGCUCAUGAUAUAAAAGAAGAUGGAGCCUUCUUGGCAGAAGCAGCAGCAGCAUGUGAAAAGCAGAAGGCAGCAGAGCAAGGGGUACAAGAGGGACAGAUGGUGGAUGAGGAAAAAGCACUUGAGGAGCAGGAGGAGUUUGUAGCUGAGGAAGGAGCCACUGACUCUGAAGAAGCAGGCAAUCCAACAGCUCUGGAGUUAGAUUUACUGGCUAAGAAAGAAGAAGCAGCUGUGAUGGGACAGACAGUGGAGAAUGUACUUACUGUAAAAGAAGAAGCAUCUGAGGAGAAGGCUAUAAUGGAAGAAGAUCUGGAAGAGAGUGGGGUAGGAAAGGAAAUGGCAUUUCAGGGAGAGGAGGCAUCUGAGGGAAAUGUAGCUCUGGAGGAAGACGUAAAUGAAGGAGAGGAGGCAGUGGAAAAGGCAGCGUAUGAGGGAAAGGUGGUGGAGGAAGUAUCACCUGAAGGAGAGAAGGUUGUUGAGGAGGUGCCUGAGGGAGAGGAGGCUGUGGAGGAAGCAGAAUCUGAGGCAGAGGAGGCUGUGGGGGUGGCAGGAGGUGUGGGAAAAGAAGAUGUGGGGGAGGCAGCAUCUGAGGCAGAGGAGGCUGUGGAGGAGGCAGCAUCUGAGGCAGAGGAGGUUGUGGAGGAUUCAGUUGCAGAGGCAGAGAAGGCUAUGGAGAAGGCAGACUCCACAGGAAACGAAGUUGCAGAGGGGAUAGAAUUGGAGGGAGAGGAAGUUGUGCAGGAGGCAGCUUCUGAGGGAUGGGAGACUAUGGGAGAGAGAGAAUUUGUUCUGGAGGAGUCAGUAGAAUCAGUGAAGGUUCCCAUACUGGGAGCAGCAACUGAAAUGGAGGAAUCAGUAGAAUCAAGAAAGGUUCCCAUCGGUGAAGCAAUGUCUGAAGUGGAGGAGGCAGCAGCAGCAAAAACAUCUGAGGAGGAGGAGGAUGUAGUGGAAACAACCCCAGAGGAGGGAGAGACAAGAAAUGAGGCCACAGAAGAGGAGUCAGAAGUAGAGGAAUCGCCACCUUUGAGGGAAGAAACCUCAUUGAACAGGGAAAUAAAAAGGGACACUGCAAUUGAGGAAGGAGCACACAAAGAUGGGGAGAGCAUAGUGGAAGCAUCUCAAGAGGAAGCAGCAGAAGAUCCAGAAUCUGAAGAGAAGGUAGUAGAAGAAGGAACAGACAUAGGGGAGUCAGUGCCUGAGGAAACACUAUAUACGGGAGAAGGACCAGUGAAGACUGGUGAGGAGGAAGUGACAGAGGAAUCAGAAGAGAAGGUGGUGUCCCAAAUAGCAGUUCCUGAAAAGAAGUUGGUAAAAGGAAAAAAGGUACCUAUUGCUGAAGAGGCAGUAGAUAAAUCCACAAUAAAUGUAGAGGAGGUGGCUGAGGGAGCAGCAGUGGAGGGUGUGGUGGUAACUGAGGGGAUGGCAAUGGAGGAACUGGAGGUGGCUGAGGAAUCAGCAGAGAGAGAGGGAGAGGGAAUGUCAGAAAUAGAAUCUGAGGAGGCAAUGUCAGUGGGCACAGGAGACAAUGGGACAGUAAUGGGCAAUGAAACACCACCACAAAGGGAGGAGAUAGUGGAGAAAUCAGAAGUUGGUGAGAAAGAAGAUGCAGAAGUAUUAUCAGACUGGGAGGUGCAAACAGAGGACGGAGGACAUGAGGAGGGCAUGGAAGAGGAGGAGGCAGGAUUGGAAGAGCAGAAGGUGAUGACAGAGGGGAUAAUACUCAAAGAAGAUAUGAGAUCAGAGAGAACAUUGCCUGAGGUGGAGAAAUUGAUGACACCAUCAUCUCUGAGGGAUGAAGUGGAAGCUGUGGAAGCAGCAUCUGAGGUAGAAGGCGUGACACAGGAAAUGGCAUAUCACCUGGAUGUAGUGGAGAAGGAAGCAGUCCUUGUGGAAGAGAUAAUGGCAAAAGUGAGACACACAGGUGGGAAUGACAGAACAGAGGAGCAAGAAAUGGAGACAGUGGAGGAGAAAAUCACACUGAAACAAUUAGACACAAAUGAAAAAAUAAAAAUAGGAAAGACAGAGACUUUGGCUGAAUAUCCACAAGGGAUUCAUGAGCGUACGAAUCUGCGUGAAAUCCAGCACAAGGAAGAAAGCCUUGCGCAUAUAAAGACAGACACCAUAGAAACGUCCAUUACAGAAGAGAGAAACUAAGGGGCUCUGUGGCACAUGGUGAGUAUCUAUAUGAGCCAGAUUGCUACCUGAAAGACGAAUUGAUUUUACUUUUAUUACAUUCCUUUGUAAGGUUUCCAAAGCUGCAGUACCUAGGCUAGUGCUAUCAAAGCAUCAGCUCUGUUGGAUGGUGAAAUGGAGGAGAUAGAAAGCCAUGAUUUUCUUCCACCAUUUAUUAUAUUCUUCUUUUUUGCUUCAAUGAUUUCCUGAGGGUUUUUAUUGCAAAGUCAAACGUGACUUUGAGUUGCAUCAUGAACAUUCACAGCUCUAUUUAAUGUCUGUGUCUCAUACCUUCAUUCACACUGAGUGGUACUGUGAUCCAUGGAUAGUGCCAUUGGUUACACUGAGACUGUGUAUAGGAAAAAAAUGUACUUAUGGCUGACAAGGCAAUAGAUAAAGUCACAAUGAAUGUAGAGGAGAUGGCUGAAGUAGCAGCAAUGGAGGUAGUGGCAGUGACUGAGGGGGUGGCCGUGGCCGAGUGGUGGUGGUUGAGGGGGUGACAAUGGAGGAAGUGAGUAAAUGAGUAAGAGUGGUAGCCUCUGGCCAUAACACUUCAAAUGAUUUUGAUAUUAUGGAGCUAUAGCAAUAAUCAGCCCCUGUGUUUCUGCUUGCAAUCUAUCUCUCUAUGAACUUGUCUGGCUCAUAUUACACUAGUAGCCAAGCCCCUCAUAAUCUUUAAUAUACCUGUUUACCAUACAACUAAUACUUUGCUUGAUGUUUCCAGAAUACUCUAAAGCUGGACAUAAUUAUUUUGCCUUAGAUACAAUCCCUGGAUGGGGGAGAAAGACAUGUCUGAGCAUCAUCCUCUGCAGUUCCUUCAAUGAUCUUAUUUUAGUAACGUUUUUUUAAAAAUCACUGUAGAUUUGUGUGGGUUGGGACAUUCCCUCCCCCUCUUCAUUUGACUUGAUGAGUAGCAUAACCAUCUGUUUGUUUAUUAGACCAGCUCCGGAAUGUGCAACAGAUAACUGAACUAAGCUUACAGAGCUAGUGUAGGAAAUCACACUCUUUUAUCAUUAUGAUGACAAUAAUAAUAAGGAACUUUCCACAGCUGUCAUGAAUUUCUUUUCGAACUACAGAGAAUUCUUACAUUGGUUGAACUUAAAUUCCCCAGCCCGCAAAGAACUCAGUGGGUUUGUGAUGACUAGCUUGAAGGGAGGAAGAGGCUUGCUGGCACUUUAUGUACAAUAAUAGAAAGUGCAGUGUACGCAUGUAUAGAAAAUUGUAUAUAUGUGAUUGUAUCCUCCGCCCACACACAUCUUUUGCAUGUCAAUUGCAUUUGUAGAUUGUAAACUCUUCAAUACAGUGGCUAUGUCCUCAUGUAUGUAUAUGUGGUUUCCCAGCACAAUAAGGUCUGGAUUCUGAUUGGAGCAUCAAGGUGGCAUUGUAAUGUAAAUAGUAGUAAUAACAAUAAGAAGCCCAAUUCUGAUCUCACACAUUGAUGCCACUGGGAACUGUGCUAUCUAAUGGAGGAAAGAAUUGGGGGCUGUAAGGGUAAUUCCUUCCCUCUGUUGCAUGCAUCCAUUAGUGGAGAAAAUGUCCAGAGAGAGGACUUCCCCCCCCUUCUACAUCCAGAGGAGCAGGUCAGAAUUGGACUUCAGAGAGCAUUAGAUAGAGGGAGGAGUCAACACGUGAGUGCACCUUGGCUGCAGCUCUAAUGAAAUCUAGUCAGGCCCCAGAUCCUCUCCUGUGCACAUGCUGGGGCAUAGAACAUACAGUAGGUGGGCAUGCAUACUGCCUUGCUGCUCCUGCUUAAAGGCAUAAAGAAUGGCCCACCAGGCAGGCUCCUGCUGCUCUCUGCUCACGCUAAGCGAGUCUCUGGAUCUGGGCCCCAUCUGUGUUUGACUGCUGCGGAAGUGGUCACAUAAAUCUGACUGUGUUUCACUGGCAUUUCCAGCCAAGUUUGAUUUGCUUCCCAUGACCAUUCACAGAAGCAGAUUUUGAUUUGGAGGAAAGUUCCUGGAAAGAGAGCUGUGCAUGCUUGCAUGUCCAUACACUUGAGCAUUCACUCGAGGAGGGGUGGUUUGGCUAUCUUUAAAGCUAUCAGUGGGCUUGGAAGUGGUCAGGAAGCAGGACCUGCACCACGUGACCUACGUGACCAGUCACUUAGCAUGAAUAGCAAAUAACAUGAAGCAGUAGGUAUGUUAAACAGCCCGCAAGCAAAUCAAGGGCUGAAAUGUUUUCCCAAACCAUUCACCCAAUGGCUGAAUGUUAGAGAAAUGGGUACCAACAGGUAAGUCAGACACAGCAAAGGCGUCAUUGUCACUGAAGAGAUGAAUAGCUGAGAAUACGUUGCUCAGCUCUACUCAGCACCACUGGCACCACUCUGCUUUGCCCACCUCUGGGGCUCCAAAGAGUAAGGCCAAGAUUUUUUUUUUCCCAGCACGUAGUAGUGUUUGUGUGGAGUGAAUGCCAAGUAUUGUUUUAUGAGGCUUACUGAACAGCACCAACCUAUUUGAAAUGUAGCUCCCAAUAUUUGUUUUAGUCACCUGAAGGCCUCCUCCCCUCCCCGCAUCUGCUCUGAGAUGCCAUUUAGUAACAGUUAGUAAGAACUUGAUUGUGUCUUGUCAGCAUGGCCUGGCUCUGAGGAAGAGUGCGGAGCUGCCCUGGCCAGAGGGAGCUCUGGGACCUCCUAAGUAUGCCCAGGAUGUACACCUGCUCAGAUUCCCUUUCUAGACUGGGGCUUGAAUGUCAAUACCUCUAUGUGGCUGGCCAGUUCUAUGGAGCGAGGUGGCGGUUAAGGUGGAACCAUGACCCAGCCCACGCUGGCCCCCUUGAGAGUGCUUUGCAUUCCCAUGGAUACAGGGACAGAGCAGUCCCUAUGCUCCCCUAGGUAAAGCAACUGGAAUUCUGUCUGGUCUUUACACAGGCCCGGCUAAGUUCUAUGCUAAGUUCUAUGAUGGUUUGUCCAGUGGCCUGGCAUUUCCAGACGCUUCACUCCAACGUAAAAAGAUACAUAAAUUGCAAUCAGGGCUCUGAACAAAAUAACUGAUAUUAAAUAUCCCUACUAGAUUAGAGCAGAAAAAAAUAAAGCGAUCAAACCCCUACAGUAAACCCAACAGCCAGCAGAUUCCUUCAGAGUGAAAACUGAAAACAAGCACCAUAAUUUCCAUGUCCAUUAUACAAGUGAAUAAAUACAAACUUUGGAUUCAAAACAACACAGGUUUACGUAUAAACAGCGGGCCCAAUCCUCCUUUCACUUACCUUGCAGUCAACCAGUAAUAACCUGAUGGGUGUUAUACUGGCAUAAAACUGAUGGAAGUGAGAGAACACCACUCGGCAACAACUGAUUUUUCUGAUUUACAUAAUAUUAAUCAGCCCACUCCUUUUUCAAAGCCUUACCUUCAAAGGCAUCCCACAUUGGUGGCAGCUUUACCAGUGAGCCAGGCUACACAUAACAUCUUUAAGAGCCCAUAUAUGGCAUGCAUUCACAAUUCGGCAUUGCUAGUGAGUGCUGAGAAAUGCUCUCUCUAUGGCUUCCUAUAUGCUGGGCAUGUUUUCUUUUUCAUCUUAGGCAAUGGAAUAAAAUCAAAUGGCUUUGCCAUGCUUCAUUACACUGAAUUAUUUUGGGUUUCCGCAUGUGGUAAUGAAUGUAAACAUGGUCAAAUACCUUGUGAUGGUUUUAAUAGAUAGUUGGAUUUGUGUUUCUGGGCCAGAAUCCCUAAUAUGCACUUUGAGAAAGAAAAGUACCCAAGAUAAAUAAGCUCAAUGCAUUUAUUGUAGUAAAAAAGGAAUUUAGUGUGAUUAAACAAGAAUAAUGCCAGAUUAUAUUUGUCAGUAAUUGAAAUUGAGGCACUGUGUCCAGUGAAUCUGUGCUGUAUAAUUUAAAUCCUUAUUAUCGUGCAAUUUGUGCAAUACUUUGCUUUGAAAGCAUGUACUUGAGCUGCGACCCUCUUGAUCUCUCUUUAAUCCAAGGAAUGUCCAUAAAA